AUGCCUCUAAGAAACAAGUCUACAACUUCCUUGUCUUCGACUGGUAUUGAUUUCCUGACCGAAUCUGUUCAUCACAACGUGCGAAACAUGUUUGUGCAGAACCUCAACUCACAGAUGGCCUUUGUAGUUGACAGAAUGUCACUCAAAAACGCAUCUGCCAGUCUGGUCACCUUUUGUGGAAAAGCUACCGCCUAUGCUUUCUUCUUCUGUCCAGGGAUUGCUGAAGUGCUUGUGCGCUUGUGGGACGCACCAACAGAGGUCAUGCGCAGAGUUCUUUCUGAAAGCGGCAUAAGCAGAUUUGACAAUCUUGCCGACACUGCUGCGAGGAUCAACUCAGCUUUCCCUCCUUCAAUGCAGUCUUUGGGCUUUGUCUCGUUGGGUAAGAUGCUCAAACACCUCAGAACUCAAACGCCUUUGCCACUUGGAACAGCAAACAUUCAAUGGUAUGGAUAUUGGCUUGAACGCUGGUCAGGUCGUGAGAGCGAUCUCUUCUUUGCUUUUGUCAAGCACUUCCAUAUUCUAGUCGCCGACUACCUGCCAUCGGAUGCUACCAAGAAAGAGAGGAUCUGCGUUCCAGGUCUACUCUUUGUACACUCCCAAAUCUUGGUCAAUCUUGAUUCAACUAUUCACCGUGAUGCUGGUCAAUUGCACGGUGAUCCAUCAAACAACAUUUCUCCUACUUUCGACGACGUCCUGGUUGAUCCAGACGCAGUCGCAUCAACUUUGCCCUUACCACCUACUAAUGCUAUCCGAAUCAUGGCGGAAAAUCGCCUAAUAAUGCUAAUUCGAGACUUUCUAUCAGAGAGAGCCUCGGAGCAUCCUNUUGCUCGACAACUCUUUGCAGAAUCCUUUGCAUCUUUGCUGCAAGCAGGUGCACGUGGCAUAUCUGUUUACAACCAUCUUGCUUGCUACACCCUUUGCGAUUUCCUGGAAGAAGCGUUUGCAAUCAUCGUCCGAUAUGAGCAGAUGCAUCCCUCGCAGUCAUGCCUCAUUGACACGGAUUUCUGGAUAGAUGUGUGCAAGAGGAUGGUGUUUAGCCAAAACACCAUGACCGAGAUCAGACUCUUCGCCUUCCUUUACACCAUCUGGAGCACAGUCAAUAGCAGUCCCGACCGUAAAACCAAGAUUUGCAUCGAUCUCCUACUCGAUCAAGAAGUCUUUGACAAAACCUUCAACCACUGGUGUCCUAUGGUCCGCGCUUACUACAUGCGACUGCUUUGCUGGCGUGUUGGUCGCUACGAUGGAGAGGAGUCUUCAGGAGAUAAGUACGUCAACCGACAUUGUACCUACAUUGGACAAUUUGCUGAUUCACACUGUUCUAGAUUAAUCUUCGAGACACUGCUGCAGCGUCUACAGGUGGCCUGGUCACACUUCUUGUGGCAAAGACAACAAGCCGCUCAAGGGAAAAUGUUACCCCCUUCAACAACUCCUUGCAAUCCUGCUCCUAGCAGACGUUUGUUGAUCAUUCGUACUGAUACUCAGGUUGCACCGGGCGGUUCUUUCUUGGCUUUCGAUGGAAUUGUACCACCUCAUCCAUCAGCCCCAAUCGGAGCGCCCAGCCAGGCAUGGAAAAGAGACUCUGUCAUCUCCCAAGCAGCUUCACUGGAUAUCCGACCCACUUCGUCGGCAUCUUCUUCUGACUAUGGCAUGGAAGUCGAGCGUCCCGAGAGUGGACUACGUGGCUUCCUGCGCAAUAUCAUUGGGGGCAAGAGCCGGUCGAAGACGAUAUCUGUCUCGACAGUCAAGACUUCUUCUUCGUCCGCUUCCUUACCACCUGUUCCAGAAACGACGGCUCCCGGUAGCAAGUUGACCCGUUCAGCAACGACCGCUACUCAAGCGCCUCGAGCGCGUGCUUCUGCUAUGAAGCAGUCGCCCCAAACGACACCUCAUGUAGNNAGUCGAGGUCCGUCGCCCAUCAGGCACCGGAACUUUUGUUUCAAGUUCUCCCUUGAGAUGCAUCCCAAAGCACACCACCCUACCGCCAUGCGCCUAGCGCCACCUCGACUCCNNCCUUUGGCAGCGCACCUCUAUCUCCAACAGGACAACGACGAGGAGAGUGUCAUCCAAGCUGCCGAACCUGUCGGUGAGGCUAAAGCUCAGUCAACAUACUCUGGUCGAGCUCUGGCUGAGUGGAUGUGCAUCCUCAUGGAGUGCCAGGGCUUCUUCGAGCGCAGAAAGGGUGAGGGAGUUCCUGCCAACAAGCACGUCGAGACACCAACACUUGGCGUUGAAGUCUUUGGCAAGAGCAGAUAA